AUGGCGGGACUUUCACAAGAAGAUCGCAACAUUAUCAAGAACCAUCCUCUAACCAGCUCAGUCAAUCAUUUACAAGGCGUGCUUCAGGAAGCUGAAAAAAUCUAUGAGUCACGUCUAAUUUCCUAUGAUGGCGCUGUUGAUAGCCUUGACCAACUCUAUCGGGGAGCGACUUCGGGACUCCUCUCUGUUUUACAGAAAGAGGGUGCAGCUUGUAACCUUCACUCACGGAUAGGUGAUGGGAAAUUGGAGUCUGAUCUAGGACACUUAGUUGAGCGUCUCAAAAAAACAAAAGGAAUCUUCAAAUACGAUGACUACCGGCCUCUAGUGCACCUGGUCAUCCAAAGGCUCCCAGACAAUGAAAUCCAGGAUGUCAAUAAAUGGAAUGUCAACAUCUGGAAAGCUGUAUUUAACCUCAUUGACAACAUCCCUCAAUCAACUCCUCCGACGAGCAUCCCACCCUCCUAUGACAGCACGCCAGUCAAAUCCACCUCAUCAUCACAGAAAGGCUCCGAGCAGACGCGUAAGUUGGUGAAUCCAAGAAUCUUUGAGGAGAUAUGUAGCUGCACAUUUCGAGAUGUUGAGGGCUUUUUUGACAAAUACUUUGAGGAGAAGGAUUGGAGUGACAAAGCAGAUACCAUCUGUCGACGUGUGUUAGACCCAGACAGCGACAGUAAUUGGGCCCAGUUUCCCGAUCCUCCUACACAGGACAAUGUCCUCGCCUGGUGGUUUCGUCUUCAAGAAGACCUUCUCUUGCAAUCACGCAGCACCUACUACACCACAGCGAGCAAAGCGGAUCUUACUGGUUCGCAGGCGGAACGGCAAGUCGACCUUCUUUUGCGAGCUAGGGGUGGGAGCCCCUUGCAAAACAAACACGACUGGACAGACAUCCUGGUGGUUGGCGAGCUCAAAAAACCUAAAGAGAAGAUCAGGACCAAAGCCACACUGCUGCAGAUCAGCUGCUCUGUACGCGAGGUCUUUGCUGCGCAGCCCACUCGGCGGUUCGUCCACGCAUUCACCGUCUGUGGGACCAAGAUGGAGGCGUGGGUGUUCGACCGCGCGGGGCCCUAUAGCUCGGUAAUCAUCGACGUCUACGCGGACUCGAGACAGUUCUUUCAGGUGCUUGUGGGCUACACCAUGAUGAGUGACGAGGAGCUGGGACUGGACACCUUUAUUGCUAGGGAUGAAUGGGGCAACAAAUCAAUAACUGUUAAAGGGCCUGGGAACUCAGUGGAAAAGGUGCUGCGGCUGGGUCAAAUGCUUUCCUUUCAGCGUGCCAUCGUGUGCCGCGGGACAACAUGUUUUCUCGCAAACAAUGGACAAGUGGAGGGCGUAGCCAAAUUCUCGUGGGUGUCAGACAAGCGGCGGCCGGAAGCGGAACUCCUCGAGCUAGCAGGUCAACAAAAUGUCCAGGGGGUCGCCAGGAUCAUUGGCCAUAGUACCAUCACCAACAUCGCCGACAUGCGCCGCGACAUGACCUUCGACGACAAGCGCUAUGACUUCAAAAGUGCACCCCCAAGCACAGCCUCCUCGUUUCAUCAAUCUCAGCCGCUGACCGAGCCCUGUCGCUUAGAUAUACAUCGAAAAUCAUCGUCGAGGAAGCGCAGAUCCCCGGAUAAGGGGAUGCAGACGUCCAAACGAUCGCGCUCCAUCAAUCAACCAUCAAGGGACACCCAGGAGGAGAACGAACUAGCUUUCUCCAUUCAGUCGGCGCACAGACCGAGUCUCUUCGACAGGAACGGCGAGGAGCCGUACGACAACCGUGUCCUCCGGUGUCUCGUGAUCUCGCCCGCUGGCCGGCCGAUCUGUGACUACAGGUCACCGUUGGAGCUUCUCACGGCGCUGCGUGAUGCAAUAAAGGCGCACCGGUCUCUUUACCUGGAUGGGAACAUCCUUCAUCGGGAUAUUUCGGAGAACAAUAUAAUAAUAACCGAUCCAGACAAGGCGGACGGUCACUCGGGCAUGCUAAUCGAUUUGGAUCUUGCCAAAGAGGUUGGGAGCGGGAGAAGUGGCGCGCGGCACCAGACUGGCACGAUGGAAUUCAUGGCGAUUGAGGUGCUGCUUAAUAUCGACCAUACCUAUCGGCAUGAUCUCGAGUCGUUCUUCUACGUGCUUAUCUGGCAAUGUGCCCGUCAUGGUUGGAACAAGUUAAAGCAGUUGCGAGCGUUGUAUCACCUACAUGGCUGGUUGGGAGAUAGUAUGUUAGAAAUAUGGUGCGCCGGAAGUCAUGAGACAAUCACAAAUACCAAACAAGGCAACAUCGGAGCUGGUGGAUUUGAGCGCAUCUUAACAGUUGAAGUUUCUCCACCGAACAACAGCUUACUGACAAAAUGGUACACCGAUACUUACAGGGAGAUCGCAAGAAUUAAGCGAAGCGACAUGGGUGCAGAUGGGUUUGAGGAUAUUUUAUCUGAGUUUCCGCCAAUAUUUGAGUGUGCCAAACCUCUUUGCAGAGCUAUACGAGACAUUCUUUUCCCGUAUGGAGGCAGAGGAAUUAUCGUUGGUACCCCGCAAGACCCAAAACGUUUAUACAAUCCCAUUAUCAAAGCGUACGACGAUGCGAUAUCUUUGAUCGGAUGCCAAAGUGAUUAG